CGGUCGUACACACACGUCGAUGUUGCGGCCGAUACGCCGGCGGGAUCUGCUCGGUAGGCCGGCAACUGCACGUCUCCAAUAGACGUGGCUGGUUCACGUCCCUGUCGUUGGUAGACAUGCCGCGUUUUCCGUCGGAUAUGAGCGGCUCCGCGGCCGGUGGCCGGCAGUGGGACUUGCGGCUGGGGACCUCUCCGGACGCGUCCUGGCCAUGGCCGCCACAGAUGAGAGGGAGGCGGGUCACACCGUCCAAGAGAGGGAAGAAUUGACGCCGCGGAAGAGGGACCCAAUAGAAGAGCAGUGCCUCCGCGAUCCCAACGAAGGGACGGCUCGAUUCCAGGUCAUUGAGGCUGACGAGAAGAGAGGAAGGAGCAGAAGUACCAGAGCUCCGGGUGCGGCCGUGCCGUGGUGGGGUGGCAAGCUGGGUAUUGGAGUCGGCCGUGAAGCAGCUCGGUGGGGAAUACAGAGAGAAUUUCUUGCGAUGUGGUGUGACAUUAAUUUGCUUGAUGCUUUUGGAGAUGUCAGUGGUAAGGCUGUAGUAACUAUGUGUGUGUUGCAGACUAGAGUACUAAGAAAAGGGGAGGGCAAGAUGCUUCGCCUUGAUGGGUCAGACAUAAUUUGUUACUCUACAUAUGAAUAUGUGGAAGGAUACUUCGAUGGAAAUCACGCAGAUUAUGAUCUAAAUGAUGAAGUUGCUGACAUCUACACUGAGCUGUUGGCCGGCACUGCCCAGACUACAUACCUGACGAAGGUGAUCCACCGAUUGUGGUGGCAGGUGAUGCUCGGACACCACCGUCACCUCUCGCUCGCACCUCUCUGCCGAGGCCGCUGUACGAUAUCGGCAACAAACGAUCGCGCGUGGGUAGAGACCGCCCGAGUGCAUGCACCGACUGGAGAAUUGGCCUGCUACAGCCAGAGGGCGUCCUCGAGUAGAAUGUUUGCCGCCGUACACCCGCACGGAACACGCAUAGCAUUCCGCCGUCACCAGAUUGGGGUCUCCUAGAACGCCAGAUGCUCGUGAUGAUGCUCGGAGGCGUGUCCAUGCGAGGAGUCCUCCUUGACACACACAUCUUACUAGAUUUAUUCUUUGUGUUCAGUAAGAUAUAUUAGUCAGGUUUUGGUUUGUAUUUAUAUUGGCUUCGUAAGGGAAUAGUUAUGUUUCAUAAUAUAAUAUGUUAUAACAAACAAUAUACUCGGUUGUAGUAAGAACUUGUUAUUGUUGGAAGGAAGGAGUAAU